AAAGAGAAGAAACUCCAAGAGGAAAAAAUCACAGCAGCUUCCGUCAGGAAACAGGGGGAAGAAAAUAAAGUGGAAGCUAAAAAAGAAAAGCUACAGGACAAGAAGCUUCAGCCAGCCUUCAGGAAAGAGGAGAUCAAAGAUAACAAACUGAACAGAGACAAAAUGCCCAAAGAAGAGGCAAAAUCCAUCUGGGAUCGCAAGAAGGGAAUGCCGGAUUCCAAGCCACAAAAUGGGGAAUGCUUCCAAGAACUCCCUGCUCACAAGCUGAAGCACACAGAGCAUGCUUUUGGCCGACCGGGGUUCAAAACCACACCGGGAUCCGAAGACGCCAAGCCCCAGGUGGAAGCCGGCAAGAGAGUCGAGGAGUUGCGCCGUCGGCGGGGUGAAAAUGAGAGUGAAGAAUUUGAGAAGCUGAAGCAGAAGCAACAAGAGGCGGCGGUGGAACUGGAGGAGCUGAAGAAGAAGCGUGAAGAACGGAAGAAAAUUCUGGAAGACGAAGAACAGAAAAGGAAGAAAGACGAGGCGGAGAGGAAAGCUCGGGAAGAGGAGGAGAAAAGGCGGCUGAAGGAAGAAAUUGAGAGAAGAAGGGCAGAAGCCGCUGAGAAACGCCAGAAGAUGCCAGAUGAAGCCCAGGGUGAAGAGAAGAAGCCUUUCAAAUGUUUCACUCCAAAAGGUUCUGCUCUCAAG